AUGGCACCCGGCAGUGGACGCGACUUUAACUGCUCUUGGCCAGAAUGCAAUAAGUCCUUCAACCGCAAGUCAGAUCUCUGCAGACACUACCGCAUCCACACCAACGAGCGACCUUACCAGUGCACCAUGCUCAACUGCAACAAGAGUUUCAUCCAGCGGAGUGCUCUGACAGUACAUGUACGGACACAUACUGGAGAAAAGCCGCAUUCCUGCGAUCAUGAAGGAUGCGGGAAAGCUUUUUCGGACUCAUCGAGUCUGGCUCGUCAUCGAAGAAUCCACACCGGAAAACGGCCCUAUAUCUGCCAAGAACCCACCUGCGAAAGGAGUUUCUGUCGUAAGACUACCUUGACCAAGCACCAAUUGAAAACGCAUCUCCAAGCCGCCAGCCGCACAUCGUCGGAGGAUCCUGUUUCUGACCAGGAGUAUCAUCCUCCAGUUCCCGUCUCCAUGCCGCAACACGAACAAUACAUUCUCCCACAGGGGCCCUUUAGCUUCACUGCUACGCUACCAACGCAUCACAACUACUACCCGCCGCAAAAUGUGCAGAUUACGUCGGUGCCCAUUCAUGAGCAGUCCCCGGUGGUAGCUCCCAGCGUGCCGGUCACGUUGUCGGCUGACAUUCCUCAUGUACAGCAACCAUACAUGCACUACGUCCAACAGCAACACCCCCACUCACAGCAACACCAUCACCACCAUCAGCAACGAUAUGACUACCCCCGACAGAGCUACAUACAACCGGAGUAUCAACAUCCCUAUAGCCAGGCCCCAGUCGUUGGGUCCACCCCUGUGAUGGGUACUUUCCAGCAGCAAGCGAAUUCUGAGUACAAGCCUGUUCGUAUUCUGAAUCAACCCGAAGGAACCGACUGGGGAUUUCUCGGCGUUGGCUAA